AUGGACCUGAUGGUGGAAGCCAGCCCCCGCAGAACGUUUGCCAACGCACACACCUAUCACAUCAACUCCAUCUCAGUAAACAGCGACCACGAGACGUACCUCUCGGCGGACGACCUCAGGAUCAACCUCUGGCACCUAGAGAUCACGGACAGAAGCUUCAACAUCGUGGACAUCAAGCCGGCCAACAUGGAGGAGCUGACGGAAGUGAUCACCGCCGCCGAGUUCCAUCCCCAUCAGUGUAACGUGUUCGUCUACAGCAGCAGCAAAGGGACCAUCCGUCUGUGUGACAUGCGCUCCUCGGCGCUCUGCGAUCGGCACGCCAAGUUUUUCGAGGAGCCCGAAGACCCCAACAGCCGCUCCUUCUUCUCGGAGAUCAUCUCGUCCAUCUCCGACGUGAAGUUCAGCCACAGCGGCCGCUACAUGAUGACCAGGGACUACCUCUCCGUCAAAGUGUGGGACCUCAACAUGGAAAGCCGGCCCGUGGAGACCUACCAGGUUCACGAGUACCUGCGGAGCAAGCUCUGUUCCCUGUACGAGAACGACUGCAUAUUCGACAAGUUCGAGUGCUGCUGGAACGGUUCGGACAGCGCCAUCAUGACCGGCUCGUACAACAACUUCUUCCGGAUGUUCGAGAGGAGCCCGCGGCGGGACGUCACGCUAGAAGCCUCCAGGGAGGGCAGCAGGCCCCGGGCCCUGCUCAGGCCGCGCAAGGUGGGCGCCGGCGGCAAGAGGAAGAAGGACGAGAUCAGCGUGGACAGCCUGGACUUCAACAAGAAGAUCCUCCACAGCACGUGGCACCCCUCCCGGGACCUCAUCGCCGUGGCCGCCACCAAUAACCUCUACAUUUUCCAGGACAAAGCCAACUAGGGCCGGGGCUCGUUGCGGGACGCGGGAGAGAAGGUGGGGUCCGGGGGCGGGGGACGCCCCCCCCACCGCCUGCCGUCGAGGAUCUGGCUUCUCCCGGGAGAGACGGGCGCGAGGCUGACCCGGGUUCGGGGCUGGUGGUGCGGCACUGGACGGGGCCGGAAAAACGGAAUCGCCGGACCCCGCUUCUUCGAAACAUAAACGUAUUUAUUUACGCCCGAGCCUCCCCUUCCGGGUUGGAGACCAACAGUUGAGCAUCUAAAGGAAAGAGCGGGUGUCCAAAAUGUAAUGGGCACAGGUCUGCCUUCUCUCUCUCUCUCUCUCUCUCUCUCCCUCUCUCCCUCUCUCUCUCUCCCUCCAUCCCCCUCUCCCUCCA